CUUCUGGCCUCGUGCGGAAAACUGGCGAAAAACAAUUUUCCAGCACAAAAGUUCGAGAGAUUUUCGUUAUAGUUUUGAUAAAAGCGGCAUGAGAGGAGCUGGUACCCUAAUCCCUGCCCGUUUUUUGACCCUUGUUGGCCACCUGUGUGUGCUUGUUACUUUGCUAUGGGAGAGCCAGCAGAACGUGAAGCUUUGUUUACCAAGCCAGUACCACAACCAAUUCUUUCAAAUAUACCACAGCCGGUUGGUGGGCGGGCUGGCCGCGGCUGUAGCCUUGGUUCUGGUUGAGCUGACCACCUUCAUACUCGGCCUCACAAUGUUCUGUUCCACCGUAUCUCUGAUCUCUAUCUUCGGGCACGGCGCUUCGUGCAUCACCUUAGCUUACUUCCUCCUUGACGGAUGGCUCUGUGACUGGUUUUGGCCGUUGUUCGCAUUUGGAUCAGUUCUUCCUGCGAUCGUGGACCUAGCCGCGGCCGUUCGCAACAUCGUUUCCAAAACCCAACGCUUUUAAGUGUACUUAGUACAAGAGUCAAUAUGGUAGUAAUGAAGAGUAAUAUGUAUUCAAUCUCCAACAAUGAGCAUGAGAAGCUAACCCAGCCUCCGGGGUACAAGUCGUCAUGGUCGUUGUACCUGGUGCUGUGCGGGGUGGCGACCACGCUGGGCUCCUCGCUGCCUGUCGGGUACAACAUCGGCGUCGUCAACACCCCAGCUGAGGUGAUAAAAAGGUUUUGCAACGAGAGCAUAAGCAGCCGGUACGACGUGCAGAUUACGGAAGGCUGGUUGAACGUGCUCUGGUCAUGUAUCGUGUCCAUAUUUAUUGUGGGAGGCUGCACAGGCUCCGUGCUUGGUGCUGUGCUCGCCAAGACGCUCGGCAGGAAAAAGGCGACAAUAGUCACCAGUCUCCUCUCGCUGGCGGGUGCGGCUCUGUUCCUGCUCUGCAAGCUCGCCAACUCUAUCGAGAUGCUCGUGCUGGGCCGGCUGCUUGUGGGACUGUCUGCUGGUCUGACGACAAGCAUAGUACCCAUGUACCUGACGGAGGUCUCCCCUCUCAGCCUGACCGGCGCAAUGGGCGUGGCCUGCCCAAUGGGCGUCAACGUGGGCGUCCUGGCUGGGCAGAUCAUGGGACUCAAGUUUCUCUUGGGUGGUGUUGACGAUUGGCCGUACCUACUGUCCGUCUAUGCGUUGCUAGUCAUUAUUUGUUUACCUAUACUAUUCGUGUUACCUGAAAGUCCCAAGUACCUCUAUGUUAUUAGGAAAGAUGAAGAUACUGCUUUGAAAGAAUUAAGCCGUCUCCGCGGCGUAUCCCCGUCACUCUUAACCGAAGACCUGGAACUCCUGAAAGAAGAGGCGCGCGCAGCCGAAGCGGCGUCUCUUAGCGGAGCCAACUGGAGCAUGGCGCGAGUGGCUGCCGACCCUCGACUGCUACUGCCUCUGUUGCUAGUCACCACCAUGCAGGCUGGUCAGCAGACCAGUGGGAUCAAUGCUGUGUUCUACUACUCAGCAACGAUCUUCAAGCAAGCUGGGUUAUCGGAAGCGAGUGCGCAAUACGCGACCAUCGGGUGCGGCGCCGUGAACGUCGCCACUGCGGUGCUGAUGCUGUACCUGUUGCCGCGCGUGGGCCGCCGCCCGCUGCUGCUGGGCUCCAUCACUAGCGCUGCCGGGCUGCUGGCGGCCCUCGCUGCCUGCAUGAACUUUAUGACGGUGUCGGGUAUGUCGUACGUGUGUAUCGCCGCCGUGCUGGGCUACGUCAUCGCGUAUGGGUUUGGACUCGGACCCAUCCCGUACUUCAUUGCUUCAGAGAUCUUCGAGGUGGCCCCUCGGCCUGCGGGCAUGGCCUGGGGCUCACUAGCCAACUGGGCCGGCAACUUCCUCGUCGGCAUGUGCUUCCCACUCAUGAGGGACUCCAUGGGACCAUACUCGUUCCUCGUCUUCGCCACCAUCACUGCUGCUCUCGCUGUGUUUCACAAGAUGUACUUCCCAGAGACGCGCGGCAAGACACCGACCCAAGUGGCCCAGCUGUGCAGCCGCGGGCUGCGCUCGCGGCCCACCCGCCUGCUGGUCCCGGACCUGAGCGGCGUGUGACGUCACAACAACCGCAUCUAUGUAGCAGAGUACAAACUCAAGGAGAGAGGUUACUCCAUCCAUGUUUACUUGCGUCUAUAGAUGAUUGCAUCAAUUAGGUUUCGUUUGUUCAAAGUGACUGAUGUCUAUUAUAGCUCGUUAUAUACAGGUGAUCAGUUUGACAGCUGUCAAAAAUAUAUAUUCCGUAUAGCGGGACUACAGACCAGUGAGAACCCUUAGCGUUCCACAUUUGAUAAAUAAUAAAAGAAAAUAGUUACAAAAGAGACUUAACUAGACAACCGUUCAGUAGUUAACGCUUUGCGGCAAAUCUGCGAUAAGUAACGUCAAAAAAGAACGAUAGUUUUUUUUUAGCAAGACAAUAACCUUUAAAAGAGCUAUAAAGAAAAACCAUACUUAAAAACUAAGGCAAUGACAGGUUUCCACCUAUAUAUAGAUAUCUCUUUCGCACUAUUUAUUUUGCUUUUUAGCAUAGUGGGAAAAAAGAGGACAUAAAUAUUUUGACAGCUGUCAGGCAUAUUUUCUUUCAAAUUCUGAAUAUUAGUUGUUGGAAGACUUAAUUCAAGUACAACCUCAAAUUGUCUUCCUGUUCCACAAAUUCCUGAAAUAUUUUUUUUGUUUUAAUAUUAUCUGCCUUGUAACGAAAUCUAAUCAUCUAUAUAUAAAUUUAAAAAUAUAAACAGUAGCUUUUACAAGUCUAUAAUAGCAACACUAGACAGUGAAACAAAAAAAAAUGUCACAGAGUUGCCAAUUAAUGCUUGUAAAAUUCUACCAAAUUGACAAUUUCAUAAAAAGAAAUUGCUUUCGAUUCCUAAUAUAAGUCAGAACUGCCAAAAUAACGCUCAAUUAAAAGUUUUCAUUCAUGUGUUUCCUAUUUGUAAUGUGUUCUUUCGGAACUGGCUAGUCUUUUAGAAUCUGAUACUUUAUGCUAAUUUUCAUCACAAUGGUAGAAUCUCACUCGAGGGUUAUUUGAACGCCGGAAGUCAAUAUCAUGACCAUAACUGCAAAAAUAUUCUAGAAUCUUUUAUCUUUUUGCAAAUAUCCAAAUAUAAUGGUAAUGAUAUUGACUUCCGGUGCUCGAAGAACUACUCUCAAACUCGUUGAUUAUUACAAUUAGUAGGACGAGUCUAUUACAAUUCAAUUUUAUUUUUUAGAAUAAGUUGCGCGGUGAAUAGACAGGCGAUCAAUCGUCGAAUGACAUCGAAAGUAUGCACUCCAUAUGGCAACAUUGAGCUUUUCUACAAUAAAAUAAAACACGCUUUAUUGCACAUAUAAAAACAACAUAAAAAAAAAAACGAUUGGCUACUUGACAGUUGUAACAAUAAAAUAUGAAAUAUGUCGAAUAUGGUAGUUUUUUAACGAUAAUAAUAUCCAAUAGUUCUUUUUUAUUAAAAUCAUUUUUAAAUAUUUUAUCUUUACAAAAUAAGAAUGCGUUUUUUUAUCUGUGUAUUACAAAACCCGAAACACGGGCGGCCAUGGUUGAGGAGCUUCGUGUGACGUCACAUUUCACAAAAUAAACAGAAGCUAUCCGUCAGGUUUCAACUGAUACUGUUUGACAGUCUCUUUGUUGAAUUGUACCGUCACUAGGCAAAAUGUCACGUGACAAACCGUUUUCGCGCGAAAUUUAAAAUAAUUGAAAAUGUGUUUUUUUUUUCUAAUAAGUAUAUAAAGCUUUUUCGAGAAAUUAAUGUGCCUUGAAGGUCCCUUAUUGAAUGUGUAUGGAAAUUCUGUCCAGGUGACGUCAUCAAUAAAAGAGCAUUAUCUCUAAACAUUACGUUUUACAGGAUAUAAUUACGAUUGAUCGUCUCUAUUCAAUUAUUUUAGCUUUGUUUUUAUUUUUUUAUUUGGUGUGGGCUAUGUUUUUUUUUAUACAAUAUGUAAACAUAAGUUACUUGUGUAAUUUUGUGUAAGAACAAAUAGAUUAUAGUUUUAUUUACUAAAUAUUUUAGUAGUUUAAAACUACGUAAUGUUUUUUUUAAAUAUAGGUGUAUUUAAGUAAAAUAUUAAUAUUGAAAUUAAUUAUUUAGGCAAAGCCUAGUAAUGCUAAUUUGCCUCUACCUUUAGUGGGGUGUUAAAAAUAAAAUACAUCUCGCUUAUAAGGAAUAAAUUUAAAAAGUAUACUAUCUGGCUAUUAGGGUGUGUAAAGUGGUUGACUUUGCUAACUGACUUUUCUGUAAUUUUUUGCUAAAGAAAUUUGUGUCUUAUGGCAAAAAUUGCAGAUACGUUCGCGACAUCAGCGACGGUAUGUGUAACAGUACACACGUAUGAAAAGUUUGUGAUAAUCCAAAUCAAAAGAGCCCCUAUCGCGGAAGGGGGGGGGGAUAUUUUUUUUAUACACAAUUAUGUCCGGCGCGGCCCAAAAACUCUGAAUAAGACUUUAUGUGGUAGAAUUCAAGUCUUCCUUUCUUAUAGUGUCGAUGACAAACUAAAUAGUAUCGGCCCAAAACUUGGCAACAAGUAUGGCGCUAUCUGCAGCGGUUCAUCAGAUCCUCUUCAGAAUUCAAGUUUGGAUCACAGAUAAUUGAUAUCACGUGGUUACAAGGAUAUGUUCCCGCUUAAUGACAAUGGGACUUGCACAUAGCUGGCGAGGAAAGAGUGUAUGUACGGUCACGAGUACUAAUAUGUAUACACUUUGAAACCAUGUCACAUUAACUUUUUUGACAAAUUAAACCGUAAGUCUCAUUAAAUGUCAAAUAUGACAGUGCGACAGGGUGCAAAAGUGGGUACAUGAUAUUGCUCAUGACUGUACGGUCACGAGCAUACCCGGCGACUUUGGUACCAUGUCACAUUAACUUUUUUGACAAAUUGAACUGUAAGUCUCACUAAAUGUCAAAUAUGUUAGUGUGAUAGAGUCCUAAAGUGGGUACAUUAUAUUGCUCAUGACUGUACGAGUAAGUAUAUGUUUUAUACACGUCUGCUUACACCUUCGGGGAAGGAGAUGUGAUGCUUUGUUAUGUUACACAAUAAUAUUUAAUACGGCGUAAGCGAAUAAGGGCCCUUUUGAUUCGAUUAUCACAUUUAUAAAGGUCGGCAUAAGGGUAUUUACCAACGUGUUUUUAUACGUUUAAAAACGACCACAGAUAUAGAAUAGGUUUGUAUAUUAAAGUCAGGCUAGAUAGUGCUUACAGUAUGUUCAAUUUCUACUAUAUUGAAUUUAUAAUAAUCCUAUCUAUACUUCUACAGUGCUCCUAUUUUUUUAACCUAACCUAACCUAACCAAAUGAGAUACUUUUCACGAAACGUCAAAAUGAAAGUUUUCUUUGGAGUUUGUAUGGAAAUACUGUCCUGUGACGUCAUCAAUAAAAGAGGUCGUUGUUAGUUAAUAUAUAAAUAAAAUUCGAAAAUAUGUCGAAAAGAAAAAUGGGAUUAAUUUUUGACCAUCUAAGACUGGCUUCUAUUUCUAGAUUAGCAUUUUAUAAUUUAUCUUUGACAUAGUCAAAUACCCCUAUUAUUAGAACUAAGUACACAAACUAAACAACAACGUAUUUAGUUCUAAUUUUAAAAAGUUUAAAACAUCAAUAACGUAGUUCUGAAUCCAAAUGCUGAUACAUGAUAAAUCUAAUAAUUGAUGAACAUGGAAAUUAGCAUUCGUUUGUAUUCGGAAUUGCGAUGAUUAUGAAUGACAAAAAAGUUUCUGAUAAUAAAUAACAAAUAAAAGAGAUGGCAACUACUAACACAACAGUAGAAACAUUUUAUUUUAUUAAUUGAACAUUUACUAUAAGCACUAUUUAUGGAAUGGAACGGUUGUGAAAGUGAGAGACGGUAGUCUGAAAUGUCCGAAUCUUUUCCAUUUUAUACUAACAAAUAAUAUGCUGCAAAAUGGACGACUCUCUAUACUCGUAAUAAUAAAUUGACAGUUUUUGAAUACAUUCCUGGGUAGUUCUUCGAACACCAGAAGUCAAAAUGAUUACCGUGAACGCAAAAAUAUCUUAAAAUAAUUUGUCUUUUUUGUAAAUAUCCAGUUAGAACUAUUAUUAGAGGGGUUCAGAAAUGAGACGAUAAUCUAUGGAAUAAACUUAUUUUACUCGCGCUAAAUUCCAUCUGAAUUCAAAAUACACUCCACGCACACGAAGUAUAUCAAAAAUCUGCCCGUAACGGUUGUAACGGUUAGACUGCCCGUUUUAUUGAGUCACCUCUAGCGCCAUCUAUAUUUGCUCAGUAGUAUUACCGUUGCGUUGUUAAUGCCAUGUAUUCGUCUUCUACGUAGUCCUCUCGCCAACCACUAGAUGGCGCUGUUAUUUUAGAUUACUUCUACUAUAGUAGACGACAGGUCGACAUGGCAAUUCUCUAGUGACGUGACGUUUUCAAUAUCGAUAUAUUUUUAUUAUGUAUGUAACAAAAUGUGAAUAAAAUAAUACCACGUUUUCAUUUAAGUUAAUAUUUAUUCAUCUGAAUCAUCUAACGUUAAUUUUAUUCCUAAAAUAUUAUUCUUAGUUUUCAAUAAUUUCUAUAUAAUUUUGAUUGACCAUAAAUAUUUAGAUUAGAUUUCUUUUAAAUCUAUUGUUUUUCUUUUGUGUUAAUGUUAAUUUCUAAUUCAAUAAAUUAUGUGAGCGAGAUUAUAAUCGAUAAAAGCGGUCGAUACGGACUCGUGCGACACUAAGACUAAGACGCCGCGGGGACUGCGGGUGUGCGGGGCGACCCCGCCUCCGCGGCUCACCUCAUGCCCCGAUUGCCAUGUCGACCUGUUGUCAACAGUAUGUAUGUCGCCAACUUACGUAAGUUCUAACUGGAUAUUUGACAAAAAGACCAAAGAGUAAGAUAUUUUUGCGUUAACCGUAAUGAGAUUGAUCACAGGUGUUCGAAGAUCUACCCUUCUCUCCUUACAUGCUUGGCUUCAAGUAAACAAUAUAAGUACAAAAUAUUUUUAUUUAAUUAAUUCAAUUUCUUGUCAAUUUUCAAAGCGAGAGUCGUCUUUAAUCUAUAUUUGAUUGACGGAAAAUCUGAAGACUUACGCCAUACGUGCCAUUUGUACUUAAAAUAGCAGGUUUGCUUAUGUUUAAUAUUACUUAUAGCAAAAACAACAGCCAAUGUUGUCACGAUUUAUAUUUUCUACAGUUUUCUACCAUUUUUCGGUAGUGAAAAUUGGCAACACUAAAAAUAUUAUUAUUUAUAUUAGAUUUAAAAUAAAGUCCGUGUCACGAAAGUCCCGUGGCGCUACUGUCGCAGAUUUUGCAUAGAAUUAUUAUGACUUGUCUAUUAGUUUCACUAAAGUCCGUCCUUCUUUCGUGGCACGGAUUAUUAUUUUAAACCUAAGUAUUGCAAUAAAGCGGUCAGACUUUCCAACAAAAAUGAAAUGAAGGGCUUCAAAGUGUAAUUGCAUUUGUCCAAGAGAAAAAAUACAUACAAUACCAUCAGGGUCGACUAGCAAAUUAUCAAUUUCUAUUAUUAUUAUACUUUGUUUUUGCCACCACUAGUUUUACUCUUUGUAGUAUCAUAGAAUAAAGAAUGUUACUACGUACAGAACGGACACUCUCUGCCCCGCACCAAUUCGUAUCAGUGCCGAGCUAGAUUUACCUCACCCCCGCUGCUCACUUUACUGUAAAUGGCGGUAGUCGUAAGCCGUUAAGGAGACAGGGAGAGAACGGACUAUCUAUCUCGCUCGCACUCACAUGGUGAGAAUAAGAUUUUUGUAUGCAGUGUCCGGACUGUAGUAGUAAGGUGGUUAGACGGUGUUUGAGUUAUUAUGUCGCAAUAUGACUAAAUGUGCUGUAUGCUAAAAGCAUUACUUCCUAUACCUACCACAUUUAUUACAAUAAAUUUUCAUUUCAUUUCAUAAGUUGUAUUGCAACUUAAGGCUCUGUUCAUCCCGAUGCUUGCUUGCGUUAUGUUAUGUCUUAUUGAUUAAAAGUCUUCCCUUAGAUAUUGCCAUUAACAGCGCUAGCUUUCGGAUCCUCCAAGAUUUGGUCAGUCCAUUAAACCAUGCAGUGCACCUCUGUCUGACAUUCGUUAAGUUUAACACUUUCACGGACAGUUACUACCGAUCAUUGUACAUUCAUUGAUAAUAGUAUUGAGAUCGAAACAUCGACUGUAGCUGAUGUUUGAGGGCCUCUGGAGUAAUGACUCCGGUAUCAAGGAUGACAUAGCGUUGCUCAUCAAGGGCUCACACUCCCCUAGUAUAUGGAGAGGAGUUUCAGCUCCCUUGUGGCAGAAUUUACACCACUUGAGUCCGUGAAAGUGUUAGGCGACUUCGAUGCCGGCGCAAAAGCGUACGCACUUAUUAAGCUCAGCUAUUAAUAAUAUACCUUCCGUCGCAUAAACUAGUUUUAAGUAUGGAUUUUUGCUUUUGAUCCAGUUUUUAACGCAUAAUUUACGAUAGGUUAAGUUUACUUUAGCUCUUGUAAUUUUUGUAAUGUUAAAUGCAUAGAAUGUAUGCGCCGAUAUUGCGUUUAAUUUUUUAAUAAAAUAUAUUGGACUCUUUGA